CUUUGUGUCCUGAGUAAAUAAUUAAAUAUGUUCCUUGGCUGUGGUUCAGUGAGAUUAUGUUGGGAUUACUGAAUUAAAAGUGAUUUUAUAUUUAUCAACAAUUUAUUUCAUCCCAAUGUUAUGAAUGAAAUAUAAAUUCAAAUAUUAUUUACUGACUAUUACAAUAAUUCGUUUCAUUUGUUAAAUAAUAUUGUGAUCAAUUCACAUGAAUACCUAACCUAAAAUAACAAUUCGAGUGGUGCGGAAUAUCUCGUUUCAUUUAAUUAAAUACAAGGUUGUGCUUCUAUUUUUUAUUUAGAUAAUUCUCUAUGUUAUUAAUUAUUAAGUUCAGGAUUUGUACCUUAGAAGACUCGGCUAAAUAUAGAAUUGCCAAAAUAAGUACAUAAAAUGAAGUUAAUAACUCAUAAUAUGCUGACAUCGAAGUGUUUGAAGGGAGUUCUUACAGGUUAUCCCUUAGCUAUAAAUGCAACAGACGUUAAAGUGAAUGAGGUCGACUUUAACCCAGAUUUUAUAGCUCGUAUUAUACCAAAACUAGAUUGGGAAGUCCUAUGGAGGGCUGCAGACAGCUUAGGCCAUAGCGAAGGCCUGCCACAGGUCGUUGAAAGUAAUUAUGAAGCCAACCAGGAGUUUUUGAAGACAGCACAUAAAGUUCUACUCGAAGUAGAAGUUGAAGAGGGUUACCUAACCUGUCCUGAAUCGGGGCGACAGUUUCCAAUAACAAAAGGCAUACCUAAUAUGUUGUUAACUGAAGCUGAAGUGCAAUAAAUAGUUAAUCAAA